GUAAACUCUAGGGACCGCGCUAUGUCCACUUUACGUCAAGACGUCACGCUAGACGAUAUGAGCAGCGUCGGCAGCGACGUCGACGUCGAACACUUCUUCGACGACUUCGCGUCGUCGCCGUCGUCUUACGACAACCUCGACGGCGUCUUCGAUCAGGAAGACUUGACGGACGACUCGCGCUCGCCUGACGGAUCAACGUCUCCCAGCGUCCGACGGCGACGUAAGAAGAGAUCGGCGGUGCAGCAACAAGCGCAACGUCAGGCCGCAAACUUACGCGAACGGCGACGCAUGCAGUCGAUCAACGAUGCUUUUGACGGCCUGCGUCAGAGAAUCCCGACGCUACCGUACGAAAAGCGACUGUCAAAAGUCGACACUUUGCGUCUGGCCAUUGGGUACAUAAACUUCCUUUCGGACCUUCUGAACUCUGACGUCGAACUAAACGGCGAAGUCAUCCCGAAUCACCCACAGCCCAAAAAAGUCAUCAUAUGUCACCGAGGAACUGGCGUCCCGACGCCCGGAGACCUAGAGUAUGGACUACCACCGCUAGCGGGUCAUUCCUUGUCCUGGACGGACGAAAAGAAGCCCGCCAGUAGCGGCUCAACACUGUACGCCAAGGUAUGGACUCCCGAAGACCCGAGAGCCUCCCGAAGUAAGACGACGGGUUACGAAAACGUCACGCCGGCAUGAACCGAUCAUUCCUUCGUCAGUUGUUGCAUGGAUGGACAUUUUGUUUUCUUUGUGGACGAUAUGUGUGAAUUUAUAUAGUCCUAUCCUCCCAAGUAGGUUCUACGAGUCUGUUUAUUUGUCUAAUGGCCAUGGCAAAUUAGACCUAUUGCACUACAAAACCAUCCAUUUAAUAGCAAUAGAAACAGGGUGUAAUAAAACUGAUAUACUUUCUGAAGUUCAAAAAAAAAGACACGUUCGUACAGCCUGCUAUUCAGGAGGCUAAUAUAAUCUAUCGAAUUUCGUAGAUCGAAAUUUUUUUUGACAAAAAUUAUGUCAAGAAUACAUGCUAGAUAUUUUUGAGGCUUUAUUCGUGAUUUUGAGCGCUUCCGGUUAAGUGUAAACAAUGCAUUAUUUAAUUGUUCUGCUAAAUGUUGUGUGAUGUAGAUAUAUUUUUGUACAGACAUUCUAUUGUUGUUGCGGCUUGACUUUUUCGUAGUCUGUGUUUGUUUCUAAAGAUCUGUGCUAUUGAAAACCAUUAAAUUGAGAUCUUUACAAG